AUGAGCCACGGCUCCGUGGACGCGUGGCGUGUGGCUGCCGAGCUGGUGGACACAGAUGAGGAGUUCCACGGGGAAGUUCCUGCUACUGGCCUUGCUGGUUCUGUGUCUCCUGCUGGGGCUGCCUCAUCUCAGACCAGGGAUCCAGCAGAACUCCGGCUCUCAGACUGGUUCAACCCCAGAAAUCGUCCCGACGUGACAACGACCACCGACUGGCAGGCUCCGGUCAUCUGGGAAGGCACCUUCGACAGGCGGGUCCUGCAGAGGUUCUACGGGAGACAGAACCUCACCGUGGGCCUGGCUGUCUUUGCCACCGGCAGGGUCGCCGACCGCUACCUGGACAUGUUCUUAAAAUCCGCAAACGAGCACUUCAUGGUCGGGUACCCGGUCAUCGUCUACGUCAUGGUGGACAGCUCGUUCAAGCUGCCGUACCUACCGCCUGCGCCCCUCCGCACGUUCAGGGUCCUGGCCAUCAAACAGGACGGCUGGUGGCCCGACCUCCACUUCCUGCGCAUGAAGAACUUGGGCAAAUACGUGGUCAGUCACAUCCAGGAGGAAGCGGACUUCCUCUUCAGCAUGAGCGUGGACCAGAUCUUCCAGACGGACGUGGGGGUGGAGACGCUGGGCGCGGCCGUGGCUCAGCUCCACGCCUGGUGGUACUUCAGAGACAAGCAGGAUUUCCCUUACGAGAGGGAGCUCAGGUCUGCAGCCUACAUCCCGCUUGGAGAGGGGGACUUCUUCUACGACGGCGCGAUGUUGGGGGGCACGCCCUCGCGGAUCUUAGACCUGGUGGAAGCAUACACGAACGGCGUCCUUCACGACUUCAACCAGGGGGUGCACAGCACCUACGAAAGGCACCUGAACAAAUACUUUUUCCUGCACAAGCCCACCAAGCUGCUGUCGCCGGAAUACAACUGGGACGCGGCGUUUUACCCGCCGCCGCCGAUUCAGUACGUCAAGGUGCUGCAGCUCGCCAAGAAGGGCCUGUGA